AUGAAUUCAUCUGUCAUUUGUCGUUUCCGCAAUGCCCGGGAUAACAAUCAUGAGGAUAUAAAGGAUGAUCUUCAGCAGUUGACUUGCUACAGAGGUGCCGCGGUCGUUGACCGUAAGAAUGUGCAGGCGCCUCAUUGUCUUGCUUCCCACCCGGCUUGUGGCAGCGUUUCUCACGGCGGCUCCAUUGGCGCCGUGAACCCCAAACUAACAACAUUAAACAAAAUAACUACGGUAGUGAGCAAUACGUCUCACCAAACAAUCGAUGUUCAAUGGCCUCCUUCAACCAUCGAUGUUUUGCACGAUCUCGAGAACUAUGUGGAGAUCAACUUCGCAGACUAUCGACCAUUGUACGACCGCAUAGGCCCCGUGAUGUUCCGUAAUUCAUUAUACGAGGGCCUUCACUCGCCUAAUGCGGAGCUCAGAUUGCUUCCCGAUACAUCAUCACUUUUGAUAUCUCAGAAUUCUACUCAGCGCGUAGUGUACAAUGCGUUCUGGCUACCAAAGCAGUUUCCGAAGAUAGCGCUUAAGGUGGCGGUCAAGAGCGUGAAGGAUUGUAAUAUUCGCGACGGACGCAGCAUUAAACGUGAAAUUGGAUGCCACCUGUACAUAUUUCAGAAAUUGAUGGGAACGUCUGAUGACUCAUCUCGUUCAUCCAGGAUUGGCAUCGACGACUGGCCAACAUCUGAAAUACUAGGUUACUACUUAGACAAAAAGAACCCUGGUAUGUCAGUGUUGGCAACACGCAAGUUAUUCGGCCCUGAUUUUUUCGAUAUAAUACGUUCUGAGUGUUCUCCACGUUUUGCCUCAAGGAAUACACCACUCUACGAGCUGAACAAAUUGGAUUGGUGUAUCAUCGCAAUGGAACGCGUGGCUCAAUUUUCUGAGCUAGGUAUUCGACAUAACGAUUUAAAGCCUGACAACAUUGUUCUUGACAUGUACGAGUCUUGCGGGGUGAAACGAGUGGACGUCAAAGUUAUUGACCUUGGCGCCGCUUCUAUGGAAGGUACCAAGGAAUUUACAGGAGGUACAUCUUGGUAUGAAUCUCCCGAGCAAAAAUUAUUGGAAUUUUACACAAAGAAACAUCACAACACUAAACGUGCUCAAACUAUUGAUAUUGGACGGGCUUCGGAUGCCUGGGGCAUCGGCCAGUCCGUUAUUGAAGUGUUAAUAGGUCGCCGAAUGGUUGACCACAUUCGUCCUCCCUUUGGAACAGGUCCACCCGAGUUAGUGGACCCCCCUCAGGAAGUUGAGGAUGGCGAGGCAGACCCAAUGUGGUGGAACCGUGACGAGUAUUGGACUAUACCGCCACGUGUUUGGCUACAGAGUAUCCGCAACGUGCUUCAGUUGGACUCCCCGAACCAGAAAUUCCCUAUUUGUGCUAAAGCUGCGCGUUACGUGUUUGACCGACUUAUGCGGGUUGACCCUCGUGAGCGUGCGUCUGUACGCAGCGUAGCGGAGGGUCUCCGUCAGCUUGCGAAAGGCGAGAUCGCCAAACACAUAUAA